CUUCCCCUCAGAGGAAUUUCUCACAGGUGCCUUGCACUGACUCUUUGUGUCUGUGUGCACACAGGAGUGCCUGUGCUGGGGAAAAGUGACAGAAAUGAUGCUCUCGGAGGGGUUGGAGUGCCUUUGAUAGCUGAGUCAGUCAGACCUGGAGAUGCGCCAUGUCUUGACCUCCAUGUGUUCCCAUGUCGCAUACCGCCUUCUCCUCGUGCUCAGCUGUGAAAAGCCAAGGUGGGAUCUGCCCUUCCUGGCAUUCCUUGUGGAGGUCCUCGAGUGCCUGGACUUGAGUAAAUGUGCUCACACUGUCCUGAAGAUCAUGUCAAGUUGCCUGCACAGCAAGUGCAGGGAGAGGCGUCGCCUGGCGCUCAGAGGCCUCGUGGUGCUCAGCAAGGAUCCCUCAAUGGCCAGACCUAUACGCAGCGUGUCUCGAAGACUUCUGGAGCUGCUGGGUGAUGCAGAUGGACAGGUGGUCAGCAUGUCCCUCUCUCUGUUGAAGAAGAUGCUCCAGAAAAAACAUCUCAUGAUAUCCAGCACUUCGGCCCCAAAGCUAGCUGAGGCACUCCUGCCACUCUUUGACCGUGACAACAGCCAUCUGCAGCUGCUCUCCAUUUCCCUCUUCUGCAAGGUGAUGGAAUUGGUAGUGGAAGAGGGUAAAAAGCCCCUGAAGAGAAUUGUGAGCCUGAGCCUGCUCCCACUCUUCUUGCACUGCCAUGAGGAGAACCAGCGUGUGGCAGAGGCCUCUAUGAAAACGCUGUAUUGUGCGGCUGGCUUCUUGGAGAAGACGGAUCUCCAGAGGGUUCUGAAGACAGAGCAGCCAUUGAAAAUUGAUGAGUGCCUGGUAAGGAGGGCCUGGAAGCCCCAGCCUCAGCCUGGAGAAGGCCCCUGA